GACGCUCACGCGUUUGUCGCUCGCUAUCUCGGAAAAGUGGAUCAAAGAUGGAGGGCAAGAAACGAAAGCGCGAGGACAACCAACCGUUGACCGUCGUAACGUUCUUGGCACCUCAAAGCAGAACGUUUGACCACCAAUCUUUCUCUGAGGUUAAGGCUCUCGUGAGGAAGAAACUUGGUCUCGACGUUAGCGCAAAACUGAGUCUCGUGCAAUUGCGGGAUGGCAAAGAAGUCGAUUUGGAAGACGAGGACGACUACGAAGCAUUCCGUGCACUGUCACGCACUAUUCCAAACUUGCACGUCAUUGUCCGCGUAGGCAACGAGUCUUUACCUGCAGUGCAAACUGUCGUAAGCGGCACCGAUGCUCGGUCAAAGACAGACGGUGUAGUGCCUGGCGCCAUUCAGGGGCAGCCCAUUGCUGGACCCUCAUCUAGGACACUAGACAACGCAGAUCUUAAAGACAACGGGUCUAUAGCUUCGCCUCCACGCAAGAAACCCAGCGCUGGCGUUGUUCCUCCAUCCGCAAUUCCUGAGGCUGUAAGCAUGACAGAGGUCCUUGCUCCGCCCUCUCUCAAGAAGAGGAAGAAGAAGCACAAAACUCGGGAGAUGUCUUCAGGAUCGGCCGCCGACUUGUCUUCGAAUGUUCCGGAGGUCUCUGCGGAUGGUCCACCAAAUCCUCCUCAGACGUCUUCGGGUCCUUUCGUUGUCGACUCUACGGAACCUUCUCGUACAGGGUCACCUAAGCCGACCCCCACUACCCAGCUGGCGGAGAAAGCGAAAAAGACGAAAAAAGUCGAGGUCGAGAAACAUCAUACUGACCGUGCACCAUCGACAGCCACUGAAGCACUCGUGCCGGAAAUGCCUCAGAAGAAGAAGAAACGACGAGCAGAUGAUACCGCUGAUGAUGCUGGUCAGCCUCCGGCAAAGAAAGCGAAAAAACCGAAGAAAUCUCAGGCUGAGCAGUCAGCUCCUGCUGCAACUGCUGCCGACCCUGAGCCAGCUGCUCGUACGGCUGAACUCGCAGAACCCUCUGCAAUGGUCAAGAAGAAGAAGAAGAAGGACAGGAGUGCUGCUAACGGCGAACAACCGGUUGAGUCCAUCAAUGGUGCUGUCGCACCUACGGAAGCGGAACCUGUUCCUGCGAAGGCUUCUCAGAAGACGGCCUCUACGGUUCCCAGUGCGUCGACGACGACGCCACCUCCGACGAAUGCGGAGGCAUCCCAAAAGCCGAAGAAGAAGAAGAAGAAAGAGCGGAAGGAGGUGGAGACCCCAGCGGCCGCAGGGGACAAAAUCCAGAAUAUGCAGGUUAUCGAAUCAGCGCGAGGUCAUACCAGUGCAUCAAGCAAAGAGGCUAAGGGCCCAGCAGCGCUCGAGCCUAAACCCAAGACGUCUCGAAAGAUAAAAGAGAAGCCCCCACAGACUCAGGUAGCUGACAUCGAGGACGAUAUCUUCGCUGCGAUCUCUGUUGUUCUUCGCAAGACCGAGGCGGAUCAGACCAACGGUGCAUCGGUCCCGUAUCAGGUCAACGCGCAGCCAGGUGCGGAUGCGCCUGAGGUGAUCAAAUCCGUGGACGCGUCGUCGACGAAAUCUGCCACGAAGGCUGCCUCUGUCCGGAAGCAGCCGAUGAAGUCCAGACUUAGUACAUCGUGGGGUCCUGCAGACAUCACGGAUGAGAGUACAACCCCAGAGGCUCAGCGAGACAAGGCUUUGACUCCUGACCCAGAUGGCACCUCCAUUAGCACUGCGAUCUCGGGGGCUCAUGGGAGAGCAUCAACUGCGGCACUCAAGGCACCUGCGGUUCCUACGGUGGCCAAUGGACAGAAUGUCGGAGAGACUUUCGCUUCUCACGUCUCCCCUCCUCCCCAAACUUCUCGUCGAAUAUCUGGCGUCCUCUCAGCCGGGACACAGUUCUCGGAAGUUCCGGUCCAGGGUCAUGACGAGGGCAGCAGUGACGACAGCGACGAGGAGAAUGACGAGCAGGACGUAGAGGCGAACGCAAUUCCCCCGCCUUCCGAAACAAGAACCCCCGUCUCGCUCUUCAACUCUAUUCCAAACUCUGCGAACCUGAGCGAAAUGAAUGUUGAGGCUCUUCUUCACGGCCCAAUGCCGCGCAAGAGUAUCUUGUCCUUUCUUCCUUCCGACUCCAGUGAAGAGGAAAAAUCAGAGAGCGAAGAUGAGGACAAGGAGCUGGCGUCAGAAGCGGAGGAAAAGGAAGAGAAAGCCUACCGGCGUACGUCUAAACGUUUCGAGAGACGUGCCCCUUCGUCGUCCGACGAACAGCCUAUGGACGACGACGAAGUUGCUAUCGCUGAGAAUGAACCUGCAGCAUCGACAAGUGCCGUGUACGAAGAGCUGGAGGCAGGGAAUGGCAAUAACUCAGUUGAGUCGCGUGCGCCAGUUGCAGCUAAAAAGCCUAACUCUGGCCUGCCUCCGUCGUCGUCAGAUGUAACGCUCGCGCCAGCAAAGGAGGCUUCCAAGGCAGAAGCUGAGCCCAAACCCCAUGGAGACGCCGAGUUGGCGCUGUCGUUAGCGUCAUCGCGUGGACUGGAACUGGAGGGCAAUAUCCUGGAAGCUGAUGCGAAGGAGGGCGAGCACACGGACCAGAAGAAGUCGGCGGAGAAAGAUGGACAUGGAGAUGAAGAGCAUGAGGAACGACCUGUGUCGAUACUUCAGUCCUCUCAGGCCGCGCCUGAACAAGAGCUCGCUCUUAACCACGCCGAAGACAGUUUGGAACCGCGGCACCAAGAUGCGCAACGGAUCGCGGAGUCCACGCCUGCUAACCGCGGGCCCAAGGCUACACUUCUUGAUCCUCAGGACGAUCAGGAAGACCCCAUCGAGCCAUCGGAAGACUUCGACCAGCCACCAAACGUUAUUUUGGAAGAUCCCAUUGAGCUCGAUGAAGACGAGGUACCCGAAAGGACGACAACACCUCCAGUAUCACCACUCAAGCCAGGACAAACAAAACGUAUGAAAGAUCGAAACGGCAGGCUCCCGUCGCCCGAAAAAUCACCAGCAUCAUGGCCUAUGGGGAUGUCUGCGGGAGCCGCGGGUAGACAGCCAGAGGCUGCUAGUGAACGCGCGGAGACUACUCCUCCUGCACUCCUACCUGGGAAGGAAUUGUCACAGGUAGAUACUCUCGUCCGUCGCUCCUCUCGUAAGUCCCUUCAAGAACACAGCACUCAACUCUUGCCGUCUUCCUCUACUCCCGCCCCCGAGCCACCGGCCAAGAAACGCCGUGGAAGGCCGCCCAAGACUGCGGAGGAGAAAGCCAAGACCGCUGCAGAGAAGGACGCCGAGAAAAAGAGGAAGGCUGAGGAGAGAGAGACCGAGAGGCAAAGGAAGGCCGCUGAGAAGAAAGUCGCUGCUGAGGACAAGGCUCGCAUGAAUGCUGAAAAGGCUGCCGCUACGAAGGUGAAGAAGUCAAGUACUGCGAAGGCUGCUGCCGCGGACGAGAAGGCUCAAGACGUGGAAGAGCCUAAUGCUGAACCGGUCUCGACGCAGACCGUCGACCCGACAGCGAGCCAGCCUGCGAAAGCGCCGCCCAACCCAGCUGUGCUCUCAACGGUCCAAUGGACCGCUUUGGGGGAUGCCUCAAGCGCACCUGAUGCGGACGCUUCGAUGGUCGACGAGCUGCACUCAAGCAGCUCAUACGUGGCUUCGCGUCCAAACAGCCUCCACGAAGAGGACGAGCCGACAGGAGAGGAUCAAGAGGCGCAAGAACAGGACACAGUUCGUGACUCCGAAGAUGAGACGCCUACCGUCAAGGUGCCAAGCGACAGCCAACAUCCAGACGCGACGCUAUCCCACUCGUCACAACUUGUACCGGGUAGUUCCCAGCGGUCGCAGCCGCUGUCGCAGUCGAACGAAAAGCUCAAACGUCCAGUACCCUCAUUCAAGCGCCAGUUUCGGAAGUUGUCUGACAUCGCGAGCCAGGAGAUACUCUCACCCCGUCCGCCGCUCUCAUCGAUCCGAACGCCUUCGCAGCGCCGGCAGAUGGACGCGACGGCGGAGGACCGACGAAAAAACAUGUACGGCGAUCUCGCGGAUCCAGGGUCGGAUUCGAGCUCAGAGUCGGAGGACGAGCUGAUCUCGCAUAUUCCCAAGCACAGAAGGGCAGGCGUGCAAAAGAAACAAACGAUCGUUGAGUGAUCCGGGCGCAUCUUGCAGUCUUAAUCUUGCGACUACUCAUAUGCUAUCUACCACAAUGCUUAAUUCGCGCUGACAUUUCUUGUGUACUAUCUGGUGUACAUGUCUAUACUACUGACCUCAGCAUUCGGUUAUAUGUCGCUGCUCUGGCAUAAUUCUCAGUCAGCAUUGCCUGACUCAGAUAUCAGAACACCUUGUCAGUGCUUGCGUGCGAAAUGUCGGGAGGAAUGUGGGCAUGCGACGUCUGACACCUGCGUGGGCACAUCUAUGUGGCU